CGGAUUUCCUGCAACUCCCGCCAAACCCUCACACCCAAGCACCAAUCGGCCAAUGCCUCCCAGACUCCGCGGCUCGCUCGCAAAGAGCCUGCCGCAUACAGGGGACGCAAAGAACCUCUUCUACUGCCCCUCGUGCGCCGUUCGACAGCGAUCAUCAUCAUCAUCAUCAUCAUCAUCCUCGCUCCCCACGCGUCGGGUCUCUUCUCGCACACAACCACAUCUGCAAUCUUCUCGGAGCCGCCGUCUCUUUUCCACCGCCUCGCCUGUCCCGCAUACCGCGCGCCAUGUGCCGCCGCGCCUGAGGACCCUGUAUGAGUCUCUUGCGCGGAUCCAAGAUGUUGCUACGGAGCAGGUGAAUCUGAGCCGGUUGCAGUUGGCUCUGCGGGGGUUGGAGUCGGAGGAGCCGUUGAUUCGAGUUGCGGUUCUCGGGUUGAAUGAUGUGGCUGCGGCGAGGAAGCUCGUGCGUCUUUUACUUGCGGAUCCGUUGAAGGGGAGAGAGGACUGGGAGGAUGUUAUAGAUGUGAAGGGGGGCAUGGAAGGGUUGGAGUUGGAUAUGGAUAUGGAUUUAGAGAGGGGGUUGUUGAUUCGAUACGGCCAAGUCUCAGAAUCUAUCCCGAAUAAUCUUCUACCUACCAUUUCGGUGCCGUCGUCUAUUUUGGAAAAGGGCAAUUUGGAAAUCCUGGUUACGAGUUUAGGCGCUGGGGCCGAUAUAUCCGGUGCGCAAUUGACUGCGGAUACGUUUCUUGUGCCGACGGUGACGAUUCAGACUUCGCACUCCGGGCGACAUAAUAUGGUGCGAUAUCCUGUUCACCGGAGCAUCGUGUGCGCUUCCGGGGUCGAUGGGCUACUUGCGUACAGUGGGUUGAUUGCUCGAUCCGAUCUCAAGAAGGAGGCGGAUUCGGUCUACGCUGCUGUUGAGAUGGCCGUCUCCAGGCCGCAGGCCAACAAUGAUCGGAUUGCGUUUGUGGAUACGAGGAAGGCGGAUGAGGCUUUGGCGAAGUUCCGUGAGUCCGUGCAGAAUGCGACUCUGUACGAGCGUGGGUGGAAUAGUAGUGGGGUGCAGCCGGUGGUGGAAUGGCUGUCGUCUUUGCGGGCUAAGGAAGGGUCUCUCGAUGUCUCCUUGAGAUCGUUGAUUACAUCGCUCAUCGAUACGGCAGAGCAAGGGGUAGCCUUUGAAGAAGCAAGAAAGGCCCAGGAACUAGAGGCCGCGUCUGUGUCGGAGGCAGCUCGGGAAAGCAUGGAUCGGUCCGUGUCGACUUGGGCCGAGAGGGCUCAUACGGAGCUCCGGAGCGCGCUUGAAGAAGGCUUCGCCAGUAAGUCGUGGAGCGGUCUGGCAUGGUGGAAGCUGUUCUGGCGGGUCGAUGAUGUGGGCAUGAUCACGUCUGAGAUUCUGGAGAAGAAAUACCUCUGCCGGGCUGAGAAGGAGGUCAUCUGGACCGCUGGUCAGCUCGAACAGGCCGGUCUGCAGAAACAACAGACCACUCCCAAGGAGGAAGAAGCGCAGUGGCCGACCCAAAUCACCAAGAGUCGCGCGCGCCUCCUGGAAACUACAGUGCCUUCGCUGCAGGCAUUGGCACAGCGACUCGUCCUUUUCAGCCUGUCGACGACCACACUGACCUCCGCGCUUUCCGCACUGACAUACGUUUCUGUACCAACAGCCUCCGUCUACGAGGCAUGCACGAUCACGGCGGUCGGACUAAUCUACUCCCUACGCCGGCAGCAGCGGAAAUGGGAAGCGGCCCGCGGGUUCUGGGAGGAAGAGGUACUGGAGGACGGCCGGAGAUCUCUCCUGGAGACGGAAGACCAGCUGCGCAUCGCCGUGCGCGAGGGCGGAAGACCUGAGGUUGCAGUGUCGCAAAGUGACGCGCGAAUGGCCAUCACGGCAGCCAGAGAAGCGCUGGAAGAUGUACACUAA